UGCUCCAGCAACUCGUGGCUUUGUCAGAGGGCGCUAAGUGGCUGUUCUUCCUAGGAAACAAAAGAAGGGAGAACGUAGAAAACCACCUCUUCUGCUCUUGUGUGUAUGUGUGGCAGGAGCCGGGGAGGGAGUGUGUGGCGGGGCUCUGGAUGUCUGCCCUAAGAUGUGGAAUUGGGAACUCUCAAGCAUCUUGUCAUUCAGUCCUGAUUCCAGGAAGAAGCAGCCAUUUGACUCUACUUGGGGAAUUUAGAUUUCUGUGAGUUUGCUCUUAAGGUCGGUCCAUCAGCUAGAAGGUCAUUAUUUCAAAUAAUAUGUCUAUCAGGGGACUGAAGAAAAAGCAGCCAAAGACUUUUAAAGUCAAAGUCAUCACGAUGGAUGCUGAGAUGGACUUCAGCUGUGAGAUGAAAUGGAAGGGGAAGGACUUAUUUGAUCUGAUAUGCCGAACACUAGGGCUCCGGGAAACCUGGUUUUUUGGCCUGCAAUAUACCAGUAAAGGAGUUUGUGCUUGGCUGAAGAUGGAAAAAAAGGUUUUGGAACAAGAAAUUCCAAAGGAAGAUCCCAUAAAAUUCCAUUUUUUGGCCAAGUUUUACCCAGAGAAGGUGGAGGAAGAACUCCUUCAAGAAGUCACUCAACACCUUUUCUUCCUGCAGGUGAAGAAACAGAUAUUGGAUGAAGAAAUCUAUUGUUCUCCGGAGGCCACUGUUUUGUUGGCUUCAUAUGCUGUCCAGGCCAAGUAUGGCGACUAUGACCCUAACUUUCAUGAGCCAGGCUUCUUAGCCCAGGAUGAACUGUUGCCCCAAAGAGUCCUCAAGCAGUAUCAGAUGACAGCCCAUAUGUGGGAAGAAAAGAUAACAGCCUGGUAUGCAGAGCACAGGGGUAUUGCCAGGGAUGAAGCUGAGAUGAACUAUCUGAAAAUUGCCCAAGAUUUGGCUAUGUAUGGUGUCAAUUACUUCCCCAUCGAACAGAAUAAGAACCAUACAGAUCUCUUGCUUGGUGUAGAUGCUAAAGGCAUCCAUGUCUACAGCAUCAAUAACCGGUUCUCUCCAAACAAAUCUUUUGAAUGGAGUGCCAUCAGAAACAUUUCUUAUAGUGAGAAAGAGUUAACGAUUAAGCCUCUUGACAAAAAGGCAGAAGUUUUCAAGUUCUUUUCCUCACAGCUGAAGGUGAAUAAGUUGAUCCUCCAGCUGUGUAUUGGAAACCAUGAUCUGUUCAUGAGGAGGAGAAGAGUGGACUCCAUUGAGAUUCAGCAGAUGAAAGCUCAAGCCAAGGAAGAGAAAGCUCGGAAGAAAGUGGAGCAUCAGAGGUUAGCCAGGGAGAAACAGCUCAGAGAAGAGGCCGAGAGAGCCAAGGAUGAGCUGGAAAGGAGGUUGUUUCAGUUGGAAGCGGAGGCCCGACAAGCCAAUGAGGCCUUACUCCACUCCAAAGAAACAGCAGAGCUGCUGGCAGAGAAGGCACAGAUCGCCGAGGAGGAGGCCAAGCUGCUUGCCCAGAAUGCUGCUGAGGCUGAGCAGGAACGGCAGAGGCUGGAGAUGGCAGCCCUGAAAACCAAAGAAGAGAAACGCCUGAUGGAGCAGAAAGUGCGGGAGGCAGAAAUGAUCGCUGCCAAACUGGUCAAGGAAUCAGAUCUCAGAACCAAGGAAACCGAAUACCUGAGACAAGACCUGAGCGAGGCCAGAGAAGCUGAGCGUCGAGCAAAGCAGCGGCUCCUGGAUGUCACCCGAGUCUCUCACCCGCACACAAACAGGUAUCCUCAACUCUCCCCUGUUAGGGGUGGAGACCUUGGAGCUGAAAAAGGAUGUACAAGGUUUGAUUCGAAGGAUAUUGACCUGAAGAGACUGUCCUUGGAGAUAGAAAGGGAGAGAUUAGAUUACUUGGAGAAGAGUAAAAAAUUUGAAGAUCGAUUAAAAGAACUUAAGUCUGAAAUACAUGCUCUGAAACUUGAGGAAAAGCAAAAGGGGCCAAUCUAUCACUGGAAUGAAGUCUUUGGAUCACUAGACCUCACCGUAGGAAAGGUGCCAUCAUGGAUUAAGCCAUGUGAAAUACGAAGGGGACAGGAUACAAAUCUCCAAAGGCCCUUCGCCCCUUAUUCAAUGAAUACCUUGAAUAGCUGGUCGCGUGUCAGCAACAACUUCUGUAGGACAACGGGACAAAAGUGUUUUCUAACGAGCACCUCCGUUUCUAAUAACAUGGGGAUAGGAACUCACAGAAACAUCAUAAAGGUUCAGCAGUGUGACUCGGAUGUGAUCUACAUUUGAAGUUUUUUGGACACACAACGCUCAGAAGGUGAAUACGUUAGUUUGUGUAAAACCAUCGUCGGAGGGUUUGUAGUGACAUUAACAGCCUUUUCUUCUUCGGGAGUUUAUUGUGUGCUGUACGGGCUUCAGUGAUGGCCAUUUCCUUGUAAAGGAAUGCCAAGGAUUCUUCCUCGUGCUGCUAAUUUAGACGGUGGGCCAGGUAGAAGACGACUCACUCCCUGGAAAAAAGGCUGAAGUUCUACAAACUGUGCACAUCCUGAUUGGAACAGAGACCUGUUGUCCUGGUUUUGGACCCUUUGGCUUGCCCUCAGCCGACAGCUGUUGCUUGUUCCCUGGAUUAUUCCAUCCUGGUAUGGAUGCCACAUUCGGCCUCUGACUCCGUCUGCUCACCAUGCCAAUGCUUGCCCACUGGCUGGCUCCUUCUCCAGCUGGCACCUUCUUACCCUGACCCGUCCUUCUCCCUGACUGCAAGGCUUCAGCUGGAGGCUAGGAAGAUCCUGAGCUCUUGUCCAUCUUAGUUUUCCUCGCUCAGCCUCAGGAUGUGGCUGGGAGGUCCAUUUGACAUUAUUGCAGUGAUGGUCACUGGUAGUUUGAGCUAUCACUUAGCAACUUGAAUGUUCAACUUAUUUCAUUUUCUAUCUUGAUGGUGACCUCAUAAGAAAAUAUCAACCCUGCUAGAUUGAUUUCUCUUAUGGAACGUCAGCCUUGGGCCAAUAUCAAGAGAGAAGGCUGGAGGCUCUCCUGAAGCCUCGGUGUCUUACCUCUAACCUCUCUGACAAGACUGAGGCAACCUGAUAAGGAGCUUCCUGACUCCCCUGGUCUACAUUUCAGAACUCCGAAUCACUCCUGUUUUCUUCUCCAUCCCUUAGAGUAAGAGCUAGCCUUUCUCUUACUACCGCUAAUCCCUGAACCUCCUGCUUUGCUCCUCUGGCAUCUUUUCUUUCUUCCUUUUCAUUUUCUCCAGGCAGACAGACAUGCCUCCCCAAUUAAAAAAUAAAAAGCCUUUUCUAACCUUACCCCACCAAAUUUUUCUCUUCCCUCCAUGACCAAACUUCUUGAAAAAGUUGGCUUUUCCCCAUAUAUCUACUUCCUAACAGCUAACUGACUUCCAUCCCCUCACUUUCCUUAAAAGUCCUCUCUAAGUGGGGGCAGCUGGGUGGCUCAGUGGAUGGAGAGCCAGGCCUAGAGAUGGGAGGUCCUGGGUUCAAAUCUGGUCUCAACGCUUCCCAGCUGGGUGACCCUGGGCAAGUCACUUGACCCCCAUUGCCUACCCCUUACAGCUCUUCUGCCUUGGAACCAAUACACAGUAUUGACUCCAAGAAGGAAGAUAAGGGUUUAUAUAAUUAAAAAAAAAAGUUCUCUCUAAAAUAUUAGUUAGCUCCCAAUUGCCAUAUCCCAUGCCCUUUAUUCAUUCCUCAACUUCUGGAUCUCUUCACAGCAUUCCCCACGGCUGACUAUCUGCUUAUUUCCAUAUUAUUUCCCGAGAUAUCCUAUCUGGGUCUCCUUCUGUCUCUUUAAUCACUCCUCCUUUGUCUUCUCUUGUUCCUCAUCCCUUUAGGGUCAUUUCCCCAAAGAUCAUUUCCCAAGACCUCUUUUCUGGCUCCAUUCUCUCUGUUGGCGAUCCUGUUCUUCCUCCCUGACUUCAACUGCUGAGAACUCUUCUAGAAUUUCUGUGUCUUCCCCUGUCAUUUUUGUGAGGAUCCAUCCCAAAUUUGCACAUGCAGCCCUGGCCUAUGAGUUUCUUGUUCACAUUAGUUCAUUGCUACCUACAUAUUUUCCUUGUGUCUAAAGCCAAGCUUACCAUCUUUCCCUAAAACUCUGGCUUCACCAUUCCUGACAUUAUCAUUUCCAUUUGGCCAAAUUCCCAAAUUGAAACUUUGGUGGUGGUUGACAUUCUUCUUCGUCCUCUCACACACUGUCAGUCCCCAUCUACUCUGCCUCUCAUGUGGUUCUCACAUCCACCUCUGCCAGAAUUUUAGUCCAAGCUCUUGUGGCUGCUUCUAGGUACUCUCGAAGGAGCCUCCAUUCAAUUUUCUCUUCCAGUCCCUCUUCCCCCGGAGGGCCAAGUUAAUCAAGGAUUCCUUCUGUGUAGACGUGGUCAUUGUCACUCUCUGUUCAGAAUUCUCAGUGGUUCUCUACUGUCUACUCACCAAAGGGCCUCCAUGAUUGGACAUUGUUCUGCCUUCCCCUUUUAAUGUCUUUCUUUUAUAUCAUGAACUUAACAAACACGAACAUUUCAAUAUAGAAACAGAAAAAGAUGAUUUGAAACUGUGAAUUUUUAUGUGCACCUUUAAAAAAAAAAGCUAUGCAUUUUGUAGACAUCAGAUUUCACACUACAAUUGUUCUGUUUGUCUGCAUGCCCUUCUGAAGUUCCUUCUGCCCUUCUGUUUUUUUUUUUAACCCAUACCUUCUUUCUUAGUAUCAGUUCUAAGAGGAGUGGCAUGGGCCAGGCAAUCUGCACUGGCCAGAGUUCUGACGUUUCACAAUUGUUUUCCAUUACCUUUGUGUAGAUUAUUCUGCUGGUCUACUCACUUCACACAAGUCUUUCUAGUUUCCCCUGAAUCUAUCAUGACACCGCUCUCCCCGUCUCUUCUUAUUUCCUAUAUUUCCUCUACUCCCAACUCUGCUGGGCAGCUUCUUGGAUCUUCCUGUCUACAUGCCUUUGCUCACACAGUUCUCAUGUUGGUUCUGACUCCAUCUUCAGAAGCCCAAAUUUUCCCCCAAGUGUUCCCUGACACUAGGCCCUGUUUGUCCCUUUAUUAUGCAUUUAGAAUGUGCCAUUCUGUAUUUAUUUAUGUAUAUUGUGCUCCCUACGAGAUCCUAAGCUCCCCGAGGGGAAGGCCCGUGCCAUACUGUCUUAUCUAGCCUGUCAUUAUUUUACCCAGUGCGUAGACCAGUGGUCUAGAGAUUUGUUGAAUCGGAAGAAUAGCGAGUCAUCUUGAGGAUCCCAUCAGAUCCAACAUCAUUUCAGUCUUGAAUGAAGAGUGGACUUUUCACUCCUCUGUACAUUUCAGGCCCAUUACAUGGUUAGAUUUCAUUUCCUUGAUCCUUUCUCUGGCUUUGAUCUCUUUGGAGUAAAGGCUUAAUAAUGGUCGAGAUAGGCCAAAGGACAGUCACUUUAGUUUGGUUUGGGCUUAGUUCAGUGCUUUCAAAAAUGAUUUUUACCAGUUUGCAGCUCCACCAACAGCGUACCAAUAGGCCUGGCUUCCAGCAGUGACUCCAACAUUCAACAUCCAUCACAUGAUGGAUGUGAGAUGGAACCUCAGAUUUCUUUUAUUUGCAUUUCUCUAAUCAUUAGUGAUUCCGAGCAGUUUUCCAUAUGGCUGUUGACAGCUUGGAUUUCUUUCUCAGAAAAUUACCCAUUCAUCUGCUUUGACUAUCACCAAUGGGUUCUAAAUGUUGUUUUACCCAUUAAUGACAUAAUUCAUGCUUAUAGAAAAUCCUUGUUAGGACAACACCUACCAUUCAUCUGAGUGAAUUCCUGGUACAAGCAAGGAAGGGCUCCAGCUAGUCACUGGAGUUCAAUUUGCUUAAGCCAGGUUUCCUUAGAGGCCAAAUUGAGUACCUGAAUGUUACAGGUUAUUAAUAGAAUGUUACAGGUAUAUUAAUAGAAUACACUUGAGAAACCUAGUGCUUAGUAAAUUAGUUUAUCUGCCCAAAACAAGUAACCCACCAGGAACGACGUAUUCCUCAUGGUUGACAAGAACACAAAUGAGUACUUAAUACUUUUAAAAUUAGCUUCCUUAUGCUGAAAUCUCUCAAAU